CAAAUAUAACAACGAUCUUCGAUUUUUCUGGCGGGGACACUGAAAACCAUAUAAAAGGGAACGCUCAUAUUAUUGUCGAAAUCUCCGAGCUACGAAUUUCUGGGGAAUUAGAAAUCAAAUUAAGAAGAUUGGAUUUGGAAUGACGAGCAGUUUCGCGAAUCAAAGAGGGUCCCGAUCAUGGGCCACUGAUGAGGAGUUGCCAGUGUCUAGUGGGGUUCCGAUUCCACCCAAGAAAAAAUGGUCAAAUGCGAUGCCUCUGUUCAUCGCUCUCGUGGUCAUAGCAGAAAUUAUCUUUCUGGGUCGGCUUGAUGUGGCGAAAAAUGUAGCCAUGGUCGAUUCAUGGGCCGAUUUAUUCUACCACUCGUCGUCUUCUCGUGCAAUGAUCGGUGGAGAUGAUGGUUUACAUUCCCGGUUACUCGACGGCGAUCGGAUCUCGGAAUUGAGGACUUGCGAGGAGUGGUUGGAGAAAGAAGACGCUGUAACGUAUUCUAGGGACUUCCAAAAGAAGCCGAUAUUGGUUUCUGGUUUUGAUGAGGGGAGGAAAUCUUGUGCCGUAGGAUGUGAAUUUGAGGUCCAUCCAAGUAAAGAUUGGGAUGCUGCUUUUGGUUUAAAUCGUCAGAGUGGAAAGCCUUCAAUUAUUCGAUCCAUGGAAUCAUCUCUAUAUUAUCCAGAUAACAAUAUUGCCCAGGCACGACGGAAUGGAUAUAGUAUAGUAAUGACCACCAGUCUCUCAUCAGAUGUACCUGUUGGAUACUUCUCCUGGGCCGAGUAUGAUAUCAUGGCACCAGUGCAGGCUAAGACUGAGAAUUCCCUUGCAGCUGCUUUCAUUUCAAAUUGUGAUGCUCGUAACUUCCGCUUGGAAGCUCUUGUGGCUCUUGAAAAACUGAACGUCACAAUCGAUUCAUAUGGUGCUUGCCACAGAAAUCGUGAUGGAAGCACAGUGAACAAACUAGAGACUCUAAAGCACUACAGGUUCAGCUUGGCUUUUGAGAAUUCCAACGAGGAAGAUUAUGUGACUGAAAAAUAUUUCCAAUCUCUAGUUGCUGGAGCCGUUCCAGUGGUUAUUGGAGCUCCAAACAUUCAAGAGUUUGCUCCUUCACCUGCUUCGCUUUUGCAUAUCAGGAAGCUUUCAGAUGUUGAGUCAGUUGCCAACUCUAUGAAAUACCUUGCGGCAAACCCUGAGGCAUUCAACAACUCAUUGAGGUGGAAAUAUGAGGGUCCAUCUGACUCUUUCAAGGCACUAUUGGAUAUGGCAGCAGUUCAUUCGUCAUGUCGCCUUUGCAUUCAUUUGGCAACUAGUAUUCAUGAGACAGAAGAAAAGGGUCUAGCAUUUAAAAAUCGACCCUGUAAAUGCACCAGAGGUCCGGAGACCGUUUAUCACUUAUAUGUGAGGGAAAGAGGAAGGUUUGAUUCAGAGUCCAUUUUCUUGAGGUCUAGUAAUCUGACGGUUGAAGGGCUGGCGUCAGCAGUGGUUUCGAAGUUCAAAUCGCUGAAGCACGAACCGAUUUGGAAGCAGGAGAGGCCUAAGAGCUUAAAAGGAGGGGACGAAUUAAGGUUGUAUAAGAUAUACCCAGUUGGGUUGACACAGAGGCAAGCUUUAUAUACCUUCAAAUUUCAGGGGGACUCUGAUCUCAGAAGACACGUGGAAGAUAACCCGUGUGCUAAAUUUGAAGCAAUUUUUGUAUAGUGACCUUGUAAAUGUUCUUUUGAGAUAGAUACUGGCUAACACCCACUUUAGUUUAGAGAGGAAAUUCACUGCUAUAUCUCUUCACAGGAGAACUUAAUACUAAAUUUUCAUUUGUUUGGGUCAAGAUAA